GAGAUCAGUCUUCAUCGAGCAGCGAUCACGGAAGCAUGGCGAGAUCAGAGCGCAGUCCGAGUCUUCUUAUCGGCAUCACUUGUUGGUCCCUAGCUCUGUGCCUUAUCUGUCUGGCUCUAGCUGAUUCUGCCCAACUCUCAGAAAGCAACCAGAACACCUUGACUGGGAAUACAAUUCAAGCGGUGGAGAGACUCUACAAUCAGGUCCUCUACUCCACCGUAGAGGAUGCCCGCCAAAGACUUCCCCACCUUCCAGCCAACGAAACUAUCGAUCGGCAAUACUUUGAGGAACUAGACUUGAUUGCCGGAAAUGAAGACUACUAUAGCACUGCGUACUACAUCUUCGCCUGGAUCAACAGCGACCUGAUGUACCACAAAACCCCUGACAAACUGCUUGUCGAAGUUCUGCCAGGCGAAAAGACUUCCAUCAGAAACUUUUUUAGCAAAGUUAAGCCACAUCUUAGCAAAUAUCUGCGGCAGAGUCGACAGGAUAGGUCACAGUUGGUUGCCAAUAUCACACGAUGGGCCACCGAUAACGAGGACAGUCUAAUAAUGACCUUUUUGGAAUUUCCGCAAAACCUUAAGGGCCAACUUCCAGAGCUCCAUCUAAUGGACUACUCCAAACUGGCUCAGGCCUUAAUAGAGGGAGUGGCCAGGGGUAUUUGGACGAAUUUAUAGUGAAAAGACUAAUAUUAAAAUACAAAUACAAUAUUUAUAAGUCCAUUUUUUGAACAACCUGAGAUUUAAAUAUAUAAAAUAUGAUACUAAAA